AUGACAUUUGAUAACCUUCCGCGGCUGCAUUCCCUUGCCGAUGUUCUCCCAGGGGAACUGUCGAGGAGCCAUGAAUAUGCUGGAAUCGGUGGUGGUGGAGGCUCUGACAUUAUCAGCGCCAGUUUGAUCGGUCACCUACUGCGAGGUCAACACAAGGAAAUGAACCUGCUCAUUUCUACGAGGACGUGGACCACAGGUUCGCAGGGAAAGAAAGGCUCAAAGCUGGGAAUCAAGCGUGAGGUCUACAACCAUGGUGGCACGGUUCAAGCCCAGGGGCGGACUGUAGCAGGUACUUUUCGAGUCGGCGAAUAUACUACUGCAGAAGGACGCGACCUCGAAGCUAUCCCUCUGCCAUUCCAUCGUCAGAUAUUCAUGGUGCUGGAUCAAGGCGAGUCGAAGGCGCAGAUAUCUCAGCAUGACCAAGCGGAUCUCACAGUACAAUUCGGGGCUGUCCUUCGUCAGGCUGAACGUCCGAUCGAGACAGUGAUUAUUGUGGACACUGGUGGAGACGUAUUUGGGGCCGACACAAACGGAACAACAACCCCCGACCAGGACUAUCGAGUUCAGAAGGCCAUGGGCCCUUUGAUUUCCGAGUACAAUCUCGUGACCGCUGUGGUAGCUCCGGGUGUCGAUGCGCCCACUGAUGCUCCACGCAAGGCCUUUGAUGCUGGAGGGGUGGUAUAUAAGCCAGAAGAAGACGAAAAGAAGAUGCUCCUUGACCUCCUCGUCAGCAAGUACAGAAUGGACGGUUCGGACCCAAAUAGAUUUGGUAAGACGACGCUAGCAUUACAGGCGCGAUUACGGGGAGUUGUUGGUUGGACUUCCCUCGAUCUUCCGACAUACGUUGUUGACACGUGGGAGAAUCCGUGGAACAGUUUCGUGUAUAUCAGGGAAUGCAUGAGCGACAUCAUUUUCAUGCCAACAACAGAGUUGCUCCCACUGAUCGAGCCGGCAAGGAGGACAGCUUGA